AUAAAAAUUUCAGCCUUGGGAACUCAGUGGGGCAGUUCUACUUUGCCCUGUCGUGUCGCUAUGAGUCAGAAUCGACUCGACAGCAACAGGUUUGUUUUGGAUUCUUCCUUUUCUAGCCAGAAAAGUCCUAAAAUAAUAGGGGUUUUUGCAAACCACUAAUCAGAGAGUAUUGUUAGAGUUUCACGCCUUCUGUGGUGAUGUGUUUAUCCUAGUGAGCAGGAAAAUGAGGAAACAACAGGCUUAAUGGCCCCCGAAUGUUUCCAACCAGUUGAAGGACCAGAGGUUGGGUAAUUAGCUCAGCGUCUGGAAAGGUGCCUCUGACCCAUGAAGUUUAACUCUAUUUUUGCUAUAAGAAGUUUGAAUUGCAUUCAGGGGACUCAUCCAAGAGGUCCACAGUGUAGUUCCUAUGAUGAACACUGUGACACCAGUAACUACAGGAAAGAUCUGGAGAGGGGUUUGAAGAGAAUGUGUGAAAUUUCUGGUCCUCCAUCACCAUCUCCGCCACUGGACUUUGGAAUAUUCUCCUAGAUUUCUAUUCAGAUCCUGGCAGAAGGAGUUGUCCUUUGCAUUUGGUAGGCUUAUCCUCGGUUUUACUAAGCCUUCUAAUUCAGACCCAAUAAAAAUACCACUUUUACAUUUGCAAAGUUGUACAGCAUGCUUUUCAAAGCACAUCUGAUACUCAAAGCAACCCUGUGACAUAAAGAUUAUCUUCUACGUCAUAUGAGGACGCUAGGCCUCAGAGAAGUAGUGACUUGUCUAAGGUCUGACAGGUGCCUAGCACAAUGCCUGAUGUAGUAGGCACUCAAGUAAUAUUUUCUAACUGAAAAAUUAAUACAUUCUCAGGAACAGACUUCAGAUCUCCUAGCUCUUUGCCUAGUGUUAGUUCCAUUAAACCAGCACAGUGGGGCCCGCUGGUUGGGCUUGUCUGAGGGCUACCAGAUAAAAUACAGGAAAGGAAGGCUGGGUCUCCCUCACUGUGUUGAUUGCUGACAGUGAUGGUGAUUUCUGGCCUUUGCUGCUUCCUGCUUGGUGAGGACCUCGUACAUCUUUCCCACCACAGAAAUUCCAGAAUCAGCAGUCUGUGGGCUGCAGAUGCAACCUCUCUGUUCUGUAGAUGCAACCUCUCUGUUGAGCUUCUACUUCCUGUAGUACACUGAACAUGAACCCUGGUGGCCCCCUGCAUCUCUGUUCUUCCUGUUUUCUCUCUCAUCAUUGAUCUUGUCUCCCCUCUGUCCUACUGAUGAGUGAGGGACUUGGGUUCAUCUCAGGAACACCUACUACACAGUUCACUUUUAAGGAGUAGCCAUGUCAGGAACACUGGAAAACCAUAUACUGAAACAAUGCCCACCUUGGAUUCUUUCACCUGCUCACUAGCAGAAAGUCACUGAACAUCUGCUGGUUACCAGGGCAGUGCUAGAGGCAGGGAUUGCAAAGAAUCAAUAAAGCAAAUGUGUGAAUACAGAAGUGCAGCAAGUGUUGCUGGGACAGAGGUCUGUAGAGAAUGUAGGGCUCCAGAGGAGGGAGUGGCUGGAUCUGCCUGUUGUUGUUAGGUUCUGUCGAGUUGGCUCUGACUCAUAGUGAACCUACGUACAACGUAACGAAACACUGCCCGGUCCUGCGCCAUCCUCCUAAUCAUUGUUAUGCUUGAGCCCAUUGUUGCAGCCACUGUGUCAAUCUGCUGGAUCUGCCUAGGGCAUGGCAAACAAAGGCUGUCCUGAAGAGUUCGUCAGAGGCAUCACAUCACUGGGUUUGUACUCAGAAAACUGCUUCUGGCCCCAGCCUUCAUCACCAAAUCAGAAAAUGGUUCUGGUCUUGCUUUAUUGAUGAAGCCACAAUCUCUCUUAACCUUACUCAGUUUUAAGAGUGUGUGAUAUUUGGAAGCAUCUGGUGGCAAAAUUGUUAAGAGUUCUGCUGCUAACCAAAAGGCUGGCAGUUCAAAUCCACCAUCUGCUCUUUGGGAAUCCUAUGGGGCAGUUCUGUUCUGUCCUGUAGGGUUGCUAUGAGUCGGAAUUGACUCGAUGGCAACGGGUUGUUAUAAUAAUAGAAACCCUGAUUGCCCAGUGGUUAUAGUGCUUGGUGAAAGAAAGGUUGGCCUGUUCAAGCCCACCAGCUGCUCUGUGGGACAAAAAACCUAGCGAUCUGCUCCCAUAAAGAUUACAGCCUAGGAAACCCUAUGGGGCAUUUCUGUUCUGUCCGGUAGGGUUACAAUGAGUUGGAAUCAACUCGACAGCCUGCAAGAACAACGUAGUAAUAGUAAGAAUGAUAAUAGCACUAGCCAUCUAGUAGUAAUAGUAAUAAUGAUAAUUCUCAUUUAGAAAAUUCCUGAGUACUUAACUUGAAUUCUUACAACAGCCUUAGGAGAAAAUACUGUAAUAUUCCCAUUUUACAAAUGAGAAAACUAAGGCUCAAGAGGUUAAACCAUUUACCUAAGGUCAUACAGCUGUUGGAUGGCAGAACUGGGAUUUGAACUCAGGCAGUCUAACUCCAAAGUCAUUCUCCUAAAAGGAUCUCAAAAAAGGCUGUUAAUGGUUUUAAUAUAAUACUUACCUCAAAGAGUUGUAAGAAUGAGAAGUAAAAUAUUUAGCAGUAUACCCAGCACAUAAUUAAUAAAUUGUAAUGAUUAUUAUAAAACUCUUUCUCAAAGCUAGGGUGGAUUGAGCCCCUGCAAAGAUGCCUCCUUCCUAUCAGUCCCCAGUCUCUCCUGGCUUUGGCAUCUGUGCAGCCUGCUUCUUUGUUUCUUAAAAAGGAUGGCUGGGGGAGGGGGGCGGGCAGUGGUAUGUGGCUCAGCAGAGUUCAGUUCAGCAAGAUACUCCCUGAGCCACCCACUGUGGGCCAGGCCUAUCUGGAAAGCAGUGGGGAUGCCAAGAUGAAUUAGAUUGUGGUUCCUGCUGUCCAGGAAUUCACAGUCUAGGAGGAGAGACUGACACGGAAACAGAUCAUUUUAAUUCAGUCUCCUCAGGUGUAUCUUAGCCAGUACCACAUCAGAGUCCCACUGCCUAUGGCUUAUACUACAGCUAGCAGGGCAAGAAUGCCUUGCUAUUAGAUUUAAUAUAAUUGUUGAAAUCAUCUUGUUAAUAUCCUUGUCAUCAUUAAAGCAGCUGCUAUUAAUGUAGAAAGUAGUAAUACCUUGGAGAAGGUCAGCAGCUACUCAGGAGAUUUUUAGCAUGCUCAACUGGAAAAACCUAUUUUAUUUUUACAAGGUAGGUGGAUUGGUGUUCCUAAACUGCUGGUAGGGCUGAGGAGGUCUUGGCUUGAGGAAUGUACUAUGGGGAAGGAUUUAUGCCCACACUCCCUGUCCUUCCCACCCUGGCCUCCCUCCUGGCCACCCGAUGUGCUCCUCAGUUAUCACAUACUUUAUAGCUUCUUGUACUCAGGCAUAUUUUUUUAUUUGGCAGAAGGAGCAGGAGGAGGGGUAGCUUUCUGAGGCAAGAUAUCUGCCAAGAGAGGUAGUGACUGAGCAUCUGCUGAGAUUGGCAGGGCUAUGCCAGGGCAGCAAAGGCUUUGUGAAUAUAUGCAUUAUUGCAGAAGGUACCUCCAAUUAAUCGGUCCUUGAGGGUUAUUGGAGCUCCUGCCACUUGCCUGGCAACGUGCUAGGUGAUGUGGAAAAUGUCCAAAAAGCUACCAACAUUCUCUCUAUCCUGCCUGGUGAGAGAUUAACACGUAAGACAAAAAGGAGUCAACACAAGAUGGAUGCUCUGAUCAGGGUUUGAGUUGUGUGGUUCAGACUCUCGAGCUAUAAGGACUUAGGAGGGACGUCUUACUGUCCUGCAUGUGACAUAGGAAUGAGUGAUGGCUCCCACGAAGUCUAGGCUCUUCAGCAGCCCACAAGACCCUUUCUGAUCUGGCCUCUGCUUUGCUGUCUCUGUUAUCAUCUCCUGCAACAUCCAUUCUUAUAGCCUACACUCCAGCCAAACUACAAUACAUAUUAUUAUUCCCUAAAUAUGGAAACUCAAAUUUUCGUAACUUUGCUCAUGGCAUUUCCUCUUUCCCUGGUGUUUUUCCACUCACUGUGUGUGGGCUAACUCCAACUUGUCCCUCAGGACAAGAUCAAAACUUGAUGACCCUGCUUCUGUGACUCUCUCCUCUCCCUUCAAAGCUUAGGUGGCCACCAUGUCCUUGAAGAUUCAGACAAGCAACGUCACCAACAAGAAUGACCCCAAAUCCAUCAACUCUCGGGUCUUCAUUGGAAACCUCAACACAGCUGUGGUGAAGAAGUCAGAUGUGGAAACCAUCUUCUCCAAGUAUGGCCGCGUGGCCGGCUGCUCCGUACACAAGGGUUAUGCCUUUGUCCAGUAUGCCAAUGAGCGCCAUGCCCGGGCAGCUGUGCUGGGAGAGAAUGGGCGAGUGCUGGCCGGGCAGACACUGGACAUCAACAUGGCUGGAGAGCCCAAGCCCAACAGACCCAAGGGGCUAAAGAGAGCAGCAUCUGCCAUAUACAGUGGCUACAGCUUUGACUAUGAUUACUACCGGGACGACUUCUACGACAGGCUCUUCGACUAUCGGGGCCGCCUGUCACCAGUGCCAGUGCCCAGGGCGGUCCCCGUGAAGCGACCCCGGGUCACGGUCCCCUUGGUCCGGCGUGUCAAAACCACCAUACCUGUCAAGCUCUUUGCCCGCUCCACUGCCAUCACCACCAGCUCAGCCAAGAUCAAGUUAAAGAGCAGUGAGCUGCAGACCAUCAAGACAGAGUUGACGCAGAUCAAGUCCAACAUUGAUGCCUUGCUGGGCCGCCUGGAGCAGAUUGCUGAGGAGCAAAAGGCCAACCCAGAUGGCAAGAAGAAAGGUGACAGUGCCAGUGCCAGUGCCAGUGGCAGUGGCAGUAGUGGUGGUAAUAGCCGGCCGCCAGCCCCCCAAGAGGACACAGCUUCUGAGGCAGGCACGCCCCAGGGAGAAGCACAGGCUCGAGAUGACGGUGAUGAGGAGGGGCUGCUGACACACAGCGAGGAAGAGCUGGAGCACAGCCAGGACACAGAUGCAGAGGAUGGGGCCUUGCAGUAGGCAGUCACUGUGCUGUGAAGAAGCCCAGGCCACAUGGAGAAGCCAUGUGUAGAUGUUCCAGCUGAAUGCCAGUAUCAACUGCCAGACAUGAGUGAGGAAGCCUUCGAGAUGACUUCAUCCCUAGCCACCAUCUGACUAUCCACAUGAGAAUCGAGUAAGAACUGCCUAGCUGAUCCUAGCCAAAUCCCACUACCAUGAGGGAUAAUAAUAAAAUGAUUGUUGUUCUUUUAAGCCACAAAGCUUUGGAGUGAUUUGUUAUAUGUCACUAGAUAACCAGAACAGAAACUGAGGAUCAAAGAGGUUAAGUAGCUUACUCUAGGAGGAAGUGGUUAAGAGUAUAGGCUUUGUCAAACUGAGUUCCUGUCCAAACUAUUUGUUGUGUGACCUUAGGCAAGUAAUUUAACGUCUCUGAGCCUCAUUUUCCUCAUCUGAAAAACAGAUGAAAAAAUAAAUGAGAGCAUUACCUAAUCCAAUCCAGAUUCAUGUGAUUUUUCUUUUUUAAAAAAGAUUUUUUUUUCCCCUCUAGGGAAACU